UAGAAAAAUUUAAUUUCUUGUUUUCCUCUCUAUCAGCAUUGAAGCCACGAUUCCGCACGGAGAUUCCGGGCGGACGCGCGGGCCGACUCGGGACCGACGGGAGCGUAUUCCGCCGUCGAUGCGUCUUCUUCCCCUUCCGUCCGCUGCAUCCCUCUUCCCUCCGCCUCCUCUCUCUCUCUCUCUCUCUCUCUCUCUCUCUCUCUCUCGCUCCCAGACGACUGUUGGGCCGCCGCCGCCCUAGGCCAGGUGCUGAGGCUUUCCUUGGUCCCUUCGCCGGCGACGAGCACCCACCAGUUUCAUGGACUUUUGUUGUGAACAAACAUGGAGAAAGGAUACCUGUGAUCUCAACUGAAAUAUGGAGCCAGUCAAACUAGUUGAAGGGUACAACUUUGAUGACCAUACUACAAGUGAUGUCCGUGUUUGCUUUAAACUGAUUGAUGAGCAGCCGGAAUGGUUUUCCUGCCACUCAUCUGUUCUUUCCCAAAACAGCAAGUAUUUUGCAGACCGGCUUGGUCAAAAUGAUAUCCGUUCUAAUAGUUGCAUUGAAAUUGAGUGCCCAAGAGCUGAAUAUGACCAUUAUGUCAAGAUGUUGAAGUUAAUGUAUCUUCCUGGAGAAUCAGUUGUCGAUUCGUUUGAUUCUGUUAAAUCAGCUCUUGGUGUUCUUCGAGCAUCAAAUUCGCUCGGAUGUGAGUUGGUUACCAAAGGAUGUAUUGCAUACAUUGAAGCUGCCUCAUGGGAUGAAAAUGAGGAGGAGGAGAUUUUAGAAGUAGCUCGGAGCCUUGGCUCAGAUGCAGUGUCUUUAUUAGCUCGGCUGCAUGCUCCCAGUGCAGACGCUGUUAAGAAUGUUUUCAUCUCUGCCAUACGAUUUGCUACGUGCAUGGAAACACCAUUCCCUCCUUUCUUGGAUGACCUCAAGACUUCUGCUCAGGAGCAAAUUGACUUUAUGAUCCAUGAAGAUGAUGAAACUGCUUUGGUUACGAUGGAUGAAGAUGUCAGAUCUGUGGUGCAGGAAGGUACAACAAAACUGUUAUCCGGACUUAGGACUGGACUUGAUCUGUUGGCAACUGAGUUUGAUCAAUCACCUGAUCUAGCAGAGAAAGGGAUUCUGAGUAGCUUAGCUGACAUUGACUGGGUAGCGAAUCUGUUGGCCAAGAUUGAGAUGAUGCACGCCUUUGUUUCUGGUUGGUCAGAAAUCUCGGACCAUAUUCUUUCAGUGGUUCACGACAAGAAGUAUAGCUCAGGCUUGUGGGCUGUCAAGGCAAAGCUUAUCGAAGUAACUGGGAAGGCCCUGGAUGCUGUUGGCUAUGGCACAGUGGUUCUCCCAGCAUCAUCUAGAGUUCAUCUCUUGAAGACAUGGCUUCCUUAUAUUCAAAUGACAAAACCUUUGCUAGAUGAAAAUAGCAAGGAUGAAACAUCUCUGCAGAUGGAUUCAGACAUGUGUCAGAAUAUUGAGAGUGCAAUAGUCUCGAUGGUGUUAGCAUUGCCAUCUGAUGAUCAGGCUGAUAUCCUGUCAGAGUGGAUGAAGAAUGCAGAGCAGUUCAGGUACCCUGAUCUCACCGAGGCAUUUGAGGUGUGGUGUUAUCGCACUAAAACAGCAAAGAGAAGGCUUGUGGGAGGACUAAAUGGAUCUAGCAACCCCACAGUUAGCUUGUAAAACUACUGUUAAUUUGAUCUUUUUGUUGUAGCCUCUGAUCAGCUAAACUAGCCGGUUGGUACCAAGUAUAUGCCAACUAUAUUCCCAUUGUUGUAUGUUGUAAAGCAACUGCUCAUGUUUUAUAAACUUUAGUUUUAUUGCAGUGUUCAAUUUUCUUCGGAAAUAUGAACUGACUUUCAUCUA